CAGUCAGAUCAUUUGAAUGUAAAAACGAAAUGAGCGAUCCCCGUGUGAAGCUGUGUUUGAUUUCUGUCGUGUUGGUCUUCAUGGUUCGGUUCUGUUGCGUACCGGCCGAACACGGGACGCGGCUGGUUCUGCCCGCUGUCAUCUGCUCUGUCAGACGAAUCCGCGCACGAUUCGGCCCUCAGGUUAAAAGUAACAUCCGUGUUAAAGACUCGUCAGGGGUGUCGGUUCCCGUCCCGCAGUCUGAGGGGCCCUGCGGGGUCCGAAAGAGCAGAGAUAAGAACCACAGCCUUUCUUUUAUCAGCAGAUAUGACAGUUGCUUUGCUUAUAUUAAGGACAGCACAGUGGUCAUCCCUCUGCAGGUCCAGCUGAAAGGAGAGGAUAGAUGGUUUAGGGUUAAUAUCAGCUGUCCUCUUAUAAAGAGAUACAGCGAGAGAAGAACUCAGCAUGUCUCCACACCAUUCCCUGGGCCUUGUGGCACUGAAAGAGCUCUGCGAUUGGUUUGUGGCCACCAAAGCAUUUCUGCUGAUGCUUGCUACAAACUGGGAUGUUGCUAUGAUAAUCAGGAUUUAACCUGUUAUUAUAGACUCAAUGCCUGCUCCCUGGAUGGACACUUUGUGUUCUUGGUACAAGCCACAGACACAGAUCCGCCUCUCCGUCCCAGCAGCCUCACAGUCAAGGAUCAUCCACAGUGUUUACCUGUGAUUGCUACCCGAGACAGUGCUGUCUUUAAGAUUGGACUCAAAGACUGUGGUGCUAACAUGAAGGUGGCUGGUGAUGUGGUGAUCUAUGAGGUGGAGGUGGAGGAGCUAGACAGUAAAACUACUGCUGGACAUUCUCCAUUUAGCCUUCAGGUACAAUGUGAAUUUCAGGCAACAGAUUUACUGCACACAGCAGAUCUGCGAACCUUCUCUUCUAUCGCAAACCCACCACCUGUUGUUGGACUUGGCAACAUCAAAGUACAGAUGAGAAUUGCCACAGAUGCAUCCUUCUCAUCCUUCUUUUCCAAGGACCAGCUUCCGGUGACCAUACCCUUGCGUGAAGCUGCUUACGUUGAAGUUUCUCUUACUCAGCCAUCCCCGGAUCCUGCACUUACCCUGCGUGUACGGGACUGCUUUGCAUACCCAGCAUCCAGACACUCUGUGUGGACGCUUCUGUAUGACGGGUGUCCCAACCCUCUGGACAAUAUGAAGAGUUCCGUCCCCGUGGACCACCAGGGUCAGACCACUUCCCACUCACGGGUCAGAAGGUUUGAUGUCAAAGUCUUUGCCUUCAUGGACCCUCGCAUAGGCCAACCGAGCACAGAGGAAAUGUACUUUUACUGCUGGGUGGAAAUAUGCACCAGAGAUAUGGACUGUGCUCAACGCUGCUCCAUCAUUUCAUCUGAAGGUGAGCGACAGAGAAGAAAUGCCCCGUCUGACUCUAAGGUCCAGCUCAUCUCUGUAGGACCUCUGCUGCUGGGACAGAACCUAACUGACCUGGAGGACAGUCCAUAUGUGAAACAGAACACAGUGUUUCAGGUGAUACUAUAUGUACUCUGUGGCAUUGGAGCUGUUCUGCUGCUGAUCCUGCCAUUUACCGUCUGGUCAAUCUGCAGGAAACGUCGUGAAGAAGCUGAACCAGCCUGUGACGCAUGCCCCAAGAACUAACACUCAAAAUGUUUAUUUUGUAGUGAUAUGGAUUUUUUUUUUAUAGAUUCUUGAAAUUAUAUAAUUUCAGAUGAAUUUUUAUUUAUACCUUUUUUUGUUUAAAAUUAUUUCACAUUUGGUUAGAAGUUUCAUGAUGGUACUGAUCAAUGGGGAUAUCUGCACAGUCUGUGCUGAAAAGCUCUCUAAAAAAAAAUAAUAAAAAAAAUCCUAAAAAGCAAAGUUUCUAUCAGUUGUAGCUGCAAUUAGUUACAUUUA